UAUUUUGUUAUUUACAUGAUUCUUUUUGUAAAAUGUCAGGCAGUGGAACUUGAAAGGUUGGCUGUUUAUCUCGACUCUGAUAUAAGUUCAUGGUAUGUUGAUAAACCAUGGGAAGAUUUGCUACCGUCAGAAUGGGCUCAGAUUUUCAAAUUUGGCACAAAAGAUGGAAAACCUGCUGCUGGUACUUUGGAGAAGCAUUCUUAUGUUCUGCAACCAGUGAGUGGAAAUGCAAUGUAUUCAAAAGAGCGUCAAAAUUUAUCUGCUAGUGGCGAUCAACCAAUGCAGAAAUCGACUGUGAAUUUAGAUGAUGUCACUCUCUGCUUGUCAAUGAAUGGUUAUCGGGAUUUGUUAAAAUUAGCUGAUAAUUUUGCGGCCUUCAAUCAAAGAUUAAAAUAUGCCCACUAUCGUCCACUUACUUCAUUGAAAACAGAUCCAAGGUCUUGGUGGAAGUAUGCCUACAGAGCAGUUUCUGACCAGAUGAAGGCGGCGAGUGGUAAAUUAUCAUGGGAGCAUGUCCUGCGAUAUGCAAGAUUACGCAAGAAAUAUAUAUCUUUGUAUGCUAGUCUGCUUAAAUCGGAUCCUGAUCGGAUAAUAGUUGAUGAUAACAAAGAGAUUGAGGAACUAGAUCGUGAGCUUGAUAUUGAAGUCAUUCUUCAGUGGAGGAUGCUGGCCCACAAGUUUGUGGAGCAAUCGAUGGGGUCAGAUCUCUACCAAAACAAGCAACAAGCAAAGAAAUCAUGGUGGUCAUUUGGAUGGACCAACCAACCUGUCAAAGAUGAGAAUGUACCAGGAACUUUGACUGAAGAAGAUUGGGAGAGAUUAAAUAAUAUAAUUGGAUACAAGGUAGGUGAGGAUGAACAAUUGUUGAUCCAUGACAAGGGUGAUGUGCUCCAUAUUGCAUUGGAGGUUCACAUGAAACACAAUGCUUCAAAGCUUAUUGAUUCUAAGGAGUGCCUUGCUGAUCUAUCCUGUGAUAAUCUUGAUUGCUACAUAAAGCUUUAUAAAGAGGCUAAAAUUUUUGAUAUAAAAUUGGGAUCAUACAGACUGUUAUCUCCGAAUGGUCUUCUUGCUGAGAGUGAAAGUUCUUACGAUUCAUUAUUUGGUGUCUUCUGCUAUAAGCCUUUUGAUGCUGAUGUAGAUUGGAGCUUUGUUGCCAAAGCUUCACCCUGUUAUGUGACUUACUUGAAGGAUUCCAUUGAUCAAAUUAUUAACUUUUUUCAAAGCAACGUUGCUGUAAGUCAGACUAUAGCUCUGGAAACUGCUUCUGCAGUGCAGAUGACAAUUGAUGAAGUCAAGCGUACGGCAGCUCGACAAGUUAACAAAGCAUUAAAGGAUCAUGCCAGGUUCCUUUUGGAUUUGGAUAUUGCAGCGCCCAAAAUUACUAUACCCACUGAAUUUUGUCCAGAUAGUAUUCACCCUACUAAGCUUCUACUUGACUUGGGAAAGUUAGUGAUUCGUACAAAGGAUGAUGCUGAAUAUGCUUCACCUGAAGAGAUGGGUAUGUACUUCCAAUUUGAUCUUGUUUUGAGUGAUGUAUCGGCUUUCCUGGUUGAUGGUGACUAUCACUGGAGCCAAGCUUCUCUGAACAGAACUGAUUGUUCCUCAAAGUCUAGUGUUCUUAGUUUUCUGCCUGUUAUUGAUAAAUGUGGGGUAUUUCUAAAGCUUCAGCAGAUUCGAUCACAAGUUGCCUCCUUUCCUUCAACAAGGCUGGCUUUGAGGCUACCCUCUGUGGGUGUACAUUUUUCUCCUGCUCGUUAUCAUCGGUUAAUGCAAGUAGCAAAGCUUUUUCAAGGCAAGGAGGGCUAUCAGGCUGACCUUGUGUGUCCUUGGGAUCAAGCUGAUUUUGAAGGGUGGUUGUAUCAUCUUACAUGGAAGGGUGUUGGAGGUAGAGAAGCUGUAUGGCAAAAAAGAUAUUUCUGCAUAGUUGGACCUUUUCUGUACCUGCUAGAAAACCCUGGUUCUAGAUAUUAUAAGCAUCGUUUCAGCCUACGAGGGAAACAGCUAUAUCAAGUUCGUGCUGGCACUAUUGACAACGUGGAACAUGUAUUGGCUGUUUCCGAUGCUGAACGCUCCAAUUUUAAGGUUGUGGAAGAUGCAAAUGCUCUCAUUUUACGUUGUGACUCUGAAAAUGAAAGGAAGAUUUGGCAAAGAUACCUUCAGGGAGCCAUUUAUCGUGCAUCAGUGCCUACUCCCAUCAUUGGUCUAACUGAAACCUCGUCAGAUUCAGAUGAUUCUGAAAUUGACAACCAUGAUUUAAUGGACUCGUCAAAGACGGAGACUUUGUUUUUGACAGGGGUACUUGAUGAGCUCAAGAUACAUUUCAAUUAUAGUAGCCAGAAUGAUCAGAACUUUACGAAGCUGCUUCUUGCGGAGGAGAAGCGCUUAUUUGAAUUUCGAGCAAUUGGUGGGCGGGUUGAACUCUCGAUUAGAUCAAACAAUAUGUUCAUUGGUACAGUUCUUAAAGCCUUGGAGGUUGAAGACUUAGUUUGCUGCAAGGGGACGUCUCAAGUCUGUUUCCUGGCGAGAGCAUUCAAUAAGAAUGCAGACACGUCUUCCCUUUUGGGUGAUACUGAGAUUCCAACACACACCAGCAAUGACUCAAAUCAGUGUGAAGGAGAUGAUGAGUUCUAUGAGGCAUCGGAGAAUCUAAAUGAUUCAGUGGAUAGUCCCAUGUCACCAGCUGAUGCAGUGGAGUAUGCAAGUUCUCAAAAUAUUUCGCAAUUAGGUAGCUCAGCCUUGAAAGCCCCAAGUUUUACUCGCAUUGCUGGUCUACUGCCUUCUGAUGUUACUCACACUGAAGCUGGUGGCAUGGAAGUUACUGAUACCCUAGACAGUUUUGUCAAAGCUCAAUUUGUCAUCUUUGACCAGAAUUCGCCCCUUUACACUAAUGUUGAUAAUCAGGUGGCUGUGACCCUCUCCACCUUGUCAUUUUUUUGUCGUAGGCCCACUAUACUUGCCAUCAUGGAGUUUGCGAAUUCUAUUAACACUCAGGAAGAAAGCUGUGAAUCUUUCAGUGAUGCUUCCUCAUCAGCGGUUGCUUCAAAUGAUAUGUCCAAGGAGAAUACACAUGAUGGUCAGUCGGGUGCAGUUGAGGAACCUGUAGUCAAAUCUUUGUUGGGAAAGGGAAAAUCUAGAGUCGUUUUCUAUUUAAAGUUGAAUAUGGCUCGUGCUGAGAUUUUGUUGAUGAAGGAAAAUGGCUAUAAGCUUGCUACUUUAUCUCAAGAUAAUUUUCUUACUGAAAUUAAGGUGUUUCCUUCCUCUUUUAGUAUAAAAGCAUCCCUCGGAAAUCUUAGAAUAAGUGAUGACAGUCUUCAUAGCAAUCAUAUGUAUUUCUGGGCAUGUGACAUGAGGAAUCCGGGUGGAAAGUCAUUUGUGGAGCUGGUAUUUUGUUCAUAUAGUGCUGGUGAUGAAGACUAUGAAGGUUAUGAUUAUAGCCUUCAUGGGCAGCUGUCGGAAGUGCGCAUCGUUUAUUUGAAUCGUUUCCUUCAAGAGGUUAUCAGUUACUUCAUGGGUCUUGUUCCUAGCAAUCCAAAGGAUGUUGUCAGAAUGAAAGAUCAAGGGACAAACUUGGAGAAGUGGUUUACAAGAAGUGAAAUUGAAGGCUCACCUGCAUUGAAGUUGGAUCUUUCCCUUAAAAAGCCAAUCAUAUUAAUGCCUCGGAGGACAGAUAGCCUUGAUUAUUUAGAGCUCGACGUAGUUCAAAUCACUGUCCAGAACACCUUUAGAUGGAUUGGAGGGAGCAAAAGUGAACUGAAGGCUGUACAUGUGGAAAUAUUACAAGUUCUUGUUGAAGAUAUCAAUUUAAAUAUUGGCUUGGGAUCAGAAUUGGGUGAAAGCAUAAUACAAAACGUCCAGGGUGUUUUUAUAGUCAUUCAUAGGUCACUUCGCGACUUGUUGCAUCAAAUUCCCAGUACAGAAGUUUCUGUUAAGAUUGAAGAACUGAAAGCUGCUUUAUCUAACAAAGAGUAUGAAAUGAUAACAGAAUGUGCACAAGCUAAUAUUUCAGAGACUCCAAAUAUUGUUCCUCCUUUGAAAGAUGAGCCCUCAUCGCCAUCAGUUGAUGUGUCAGGACAAGUCAUUUCUCAAGUUUUAGAUUCUACAAAAUCAGGAACUCAAUACAGGGAAACAUGGAUUGCCACUAAGAUUUCUGUUGAUAUAGAUUUGGUUGAACUCUCUCUUCACUAUGGUGUAACUAGGGAUGCCUCUCUUGCCACCGUGCAGGUGAGUGGUGUAUGGCUUCUGUACAAAUCUAAUACAAUAGGGGAAGGUUUUCUAUCGGCUACACUGAAGGAUUUUACUGUAACUGAUGAUCGUGAAGGUACAGAGCAGGAACUCAGGUUGGCCAUUGCGAAGCCUGAUAUGAUUGAGUAUACCCCUUCACAAUCUGUGACUCACAAAAUGGAUUAUAAUGUAGUUGACAUCAGUAUAUUGGAAAAUGCAAGAAAGCUUGUCCCAACAAUGCUUAUACUUGAUGCAAGAUUUAGUGAUGAUUCAACAUUUAUUUCUUUGUGCAUCCAAAGGCCGCAAUUGCUAGUUGCUCUUGACUUUUUGCUUGCUAUUGUUGAGUUUUUUGUGCCAACAAUUCGUGUACUGUCGCACGAAGAGAAUGCUAACUCUUUGCGUUCUGUGGAAGCUCUCAUACUUGACCAACCGAUUUUCUGUCAACCCUGUACUGAAUUCUCACUCUCUCCACAAGGACCUAUGGUUGCCGAUGAUGAAAAGUAUGACCUUUUUAUAUAUGACGGGCAAGGUGGAAUUUUGUAUCUAAAAGAUAGAUGGGGACUAAUUCUUAGUUCUCCAAGUACAGAAGCUUUAGUUUACGUGGGAACCGGAAAGAAACUACAAUUUAGAAAUGUUACUAUCAAGAAUGGACUGUACUUAGAUUCGUGCAUUCUACUAGGAUCAAAUAGUAGCUAUUCAGCCUCUGAGAAAGAUAAUGUCGUUUUGGAGGCAGAAAUUGGAACCUCUUCACUUCAUUCUUCAGGAGAGAUUAUUAAUGAUGCCGCAGCCCAAAAUGUUGCUGCUAACAGACCUACAGAGUUGAUUUUCGAAUUACAGGCUAUUGGUCCAGAGCUUACCUUCUACAAUACAUCAAAAACUGCAGCAUCUCGUAUCCUAUCGAACAAACUUUUGCAUGCACAGUUGGAUGCAUGCUGCAGGUAAGCUUCCCUUUCCCACUAGUUU